AUGUUUCAUUGUAACGGCAUUGGGAGAAAAACAAUAAAAGCAAGUGUGAAAAACAAUAUCUAUCUAUCUAUCUAUCUAUCUAUCUAUCUAUCUAUCAGAGCAAAUGCAAUCAUUUCAGGCCAUAAUAACAUUACACCUGACCUGAAUUUGAUUACUUCCUGGCAUCCAUAUUUCUUCAUUGUAGUUAUUUCAGUCAGUACUUAUCUGUCUAUAUAUCACGUUCUAUAUCUAUCUAUCUAUCUAUCUAUCUAUCUAUCUAUUACAGUAUCUCCAUUAUCUUCUCUCUCUCUCUCUCUCUCUCUCUCUCUAACUACCUAUCUAUCUUUCUAUCUAUCACAUUAUCUUCAUUAUCUAUCUAUCACAGUCUCUUCACUAUCUAUCUAUCUAUCUAUCUAUCUAUCUAUUACAGUAUCUUCAUUAUCUUUCUCUCUCUCUAUCUACCUAUCUAUCUUUCUAUCUAUCACAUUAUCUUCAUUAUCUAUCUAUCUAACUAUCUGUUGUAUGCUACAACACUAUCUAUCUAUCUAUCUAUCUAUCUAUCUAUCUAUCUAUCUAUCUCAGUUUCCUAAUUAUCUAUCUACCUAUAAUUAUACUGGUUAA